AGCAAAUAAACGCUGUGGAUGGCCAACGUCCCUGGUAUGGCACCCUGACAUCCAUGCUGCACACAGCCCAACCGAUGGGCAGCGUUCGAUUCUUCAUCUCGACUUAGGGGUACGCCGAGAUGCGCGCUUAGCUCCCAUGAUAAACAAACAGGAUCGGUUGUCAAAAAUAAGCUUAAUACUUGGGCACCGCCCUACUUUCAGUGUAGUUAGAGUAAGAUCGGGAUAUCUCAACAUUGCAAGUGUCGGAUGAUGGUGUUGUGAAAAGCAUCGCCCUCGAUCCUUUCCUCCUUCCAUUCAAGAUAUACACAGUCGUUCCUUCCCUUUCAAUUCUUUUGUUUCAACCAUCAAGCCAUGGUUCGCCUGUACCUUCCUUUCGCUGCUGCCUUGGCGCACAGCAUUUCUGCUUUUGCUAGCGCGAUUCCAUAUGUUUCGCCCAACACCAUCAUUGACACUCGCGACGUGAGCUCAUCAUCCAUCGAAGACACAGUCUUGGCAAAACCCAACACUGUCAUCCUGAAGCCCAUUCGUUUCCCCCGCCCGGUAAAUACCAGACGUGAGCUCCGAGCUGCCUUUUCGCUCAAGUCCGAAGAGACUCUUUACUGGUCUAGCGAGGACGGCACCAUCGCCAAGCUUCGCAUCGAAACCGCCGGCGAAAACGAAAAUCUCGUGAACCUCGAGCUCAUCGACGACCUCAUCACCCAAGUCAGCUGUCCCCAGACCGACGGCGAGUUGAAGCUUACCUUUUCCGAGGAAGCCGACUUUAACGAAGCGGAAGAUAUAUGGCAGUGGGUCAACAAGAAGCCUGACAACCACUUCUUCCUGCUUGUUGGUGAUGGCGCUUGUGGCAGCAACACCGAGCGUAUCAUCUACAAUGUCACUGGGCUGAUCUAUAAUAACGAGAAGGAAACUGCUAUCUUAAGUGUUGAGCAAACAACGUGGAAGAAAGCGGCACAUACUUUUGACUUAACCGUCGGCCGGCCGGCGGUCCCUCCCAGCGAGAUUAAAAAGAGGCAGUUCUUGAAGGAUACGUGGAACAAAAUCAAAGAUGGGUUUACUAAGGUCGGAGAAAAGAUUAAGGAGACCGCCGAUAAGGUUAUUGGGAAAGUAAAGGAGAAGGUCGAGGAGAUUCCAGCUAUUACCGUUCCUGUGCUAGGUGAGGUGAACCCGUUCGACCCAGCUUUUAACCCCGAUUUCUCGAUUCCGUUCGAGUCGAAUCUCACGGCAAAGACGAUCUCGCUCUCUCGGGAUCAAAUCGACGCUUUAGCUACAUGUGUUAGCUGCUUUACGACCGGGUCAUUGCGCAUUGAGGCAAGGUUCGCGGCCAAGGCGUUCAAGCUAUCCGAGGCCAACGUGGAGAUCUCUUUGUCCGACGAGCUGGCGGCCACUGCCAUUGUUGCUCUGAAGGCGCAAGGCAGUGUGUUGAACGGGCCUGCCUUGUCACAGAGUAUUCCGAUCUUUGAGUUCUCGCCUGCGGGUAUUGCUAUCCCCGGUGUGCUCACUGUGGGCCCAACAGUGGCUAUCUCUUUAGGUGCUGAGCUUGGUGAGCUGAAGGGGAGUCUUGGCAUCACCCUGGGAGGCACGGCUAGCCUGCCCAAGGGAUCAACUGCCAAGCUUGACUUUUUGAAUGAGGCCAGAAUGAGUAAGAGCGGUUGGGAGAUUACGUUUGAGGAGCAGCCCCUGAAGGUGGACGCAAAUAUUGAAGCUCGCGCUUCGGCUUUCCUUAAGGGCUCGAUCGGGAUGGAAGUCAGUGUUGUUGAAACGGGCUUUGCUGCUGAGUUGACUGCGAAAGCGCCAACUUUGUCUGCGUCUUUAAAGACAAUCACUUGUUUGUCUGCCCUUCCCCAAGAGACGCUGAUUCACGAUUGGCUUUAACUAACAUGGUGGGCAGCUGCUACUUGCACGGCUUGUGGAGGCUUUCAGAACGGCUUCCAGGGUAGUCUCAAUCUUGGGGCAUCGGUGGGUGUCAGCCUGACAAGGAAGAGUUCCGGGGCAGAUGUACCAUUAUGGAACAUGAAUUUUGGAGAAGCCAACACUUUGGAACUUGCCGGAUUCUGUGAGGGUUUUGGGCCACAGGGAGACCGGUGUCUGGCUAUCAUCUGAGAUACUUGUCAAUUCAGCCACCUCAUCAUUAUUGCAUCCAAUUCAAGGAGACCUCUGGUGAUUCUCUCUAUUCUAGAGCCUUGUCUUGCGGCUCUUGCCAAGCAUCUUGUUGGUGCAGUAAACUGGGGCGGUGCUAUUACCUGCAUAUUUCGCCAACAGUUAAUGCCCAACUGGACCAGGUGACCAACCAGAGCAUUGCAAUAUUUAUCGAGGAUAAGCCUCAAGGUCUGCCUUCAACGGAUAUGUGGCUAUGCAGCUGACUGGGCGGUAGGAUUGCAGAUGCAUAUGCAUCGAGUGCUAGCGGGAAGACGGCCACAUGAGCCUGGUCGAGGCACAUAUACCUUGCACAUUAGCCUCCUACAUCACCACUUGAGUUCUGAUUUUGGACUAUUUUUUGCAAAUCUUUUGGUACCUUUGACAACAUACUCGAUCUGGUUACCUCUAUUGCUAGCUUCGCCUACCAGACCUUUUUGACCUACAACGGCCUGGGAGAUGAUGCUAAAGAUCUCGCAAAAGAGAUCAAAAGUAUCUCAGGGAAAACAAGCACAUGUAAAAAGGUCUAUGAGCGGAUCUAUUCAGGGGUGAUUUGGGUCUCCUUCCCCGAGCAGUUGUAGCGAAGAUUGAUUACCAGUUUGGAAAGAUGUCAGAAGACGUUGUCAGAAGCUGAGGAGAAGUCAAAUAAGCUUCUUAAAAGUCCUAGCCGUAAACUCCUCCAAGUUCUAGACUUCGAUGAGGUGAAAAGGUUGAGGGACAAUUUGCGGUCGAGAGAUAAAGACCUGCGAUUAGUUGUGGAGGACAUCCACCCGGAGAUAGGCGCCUAAACACUCAAAGACGCGCGCCAAAUAAAAGACAUGUCCUACCAGACCAAGCAUAUCUCUCGCCAAGCAAGAGACACGGCCGACCAAACAAAAAGAAUGACCUCCAAAUUACAAAGUGACGUCCAAAAAAAAGGCGCCGUAGCCUGCCAAACACAGGCCAUUGUCCUCAAUAUCGAAUCCCAACUUAAAAAACUCAUUAAAGCAUCCCACGCACCGAGUCCAGGACGCCAAUUUGCAGAUGAGUUCCACCAUUAGUGAGGACACUUUUGCUUUACGGUAAGAGCGUCGAUAAGCGACAACUGCCUAAUAUACUACUCUACAAAAUGCUUAUAGUGACCCCGAUCAAUCGGACAACAAAAUUACUUUUAUUAGCUUUCUGCUCGACGAGGGGGCUGAUCCAAAGCUUACCACUAAAGGUGCUCAAUCAACAUUCCUGCACCUCGCUGCCUACAAUAACAACGUGAAAGCACUGAAGGCUAUCAAGAGAAGCCUAGUGCCAGAGGACGACGAACCUACUGAUGCCAAGACACUCGCCGCUCGAGCUACAAGCUUCCUGUAUUCACAAGGAAAAAGAGGUGACGACACUGCCCCGUCGACCUUCAACUUCGAUGAGUACAGUGUCAACCGUGCAGCGCUAUAGAUGCCACAAAAAGGAAUGGAAGAGUCUCCUAUGUAAGGCCAACAAGAGCGGUAGGAAUGUUCUUCACAUGGUUGCUUGGGGGGCAGCACCUGAGGCGGCCGAGUUUUUGGUUAGCGAGAUUGUGAGAGAGAGGCUGAGUGAGCGGUUAGUUAGGGAGCAGGACGACAAGGGAAGAACGCCUUGGGAUGUUUUGUCUGGAAAAUGUUCCAGGGGAGAUAAGGAUGAAAGAGCGUUCAGGAAGAUGAAGACUGCGUUAGAAAAGGCGGGUGCCCACUUGUCUGCAGCUCAAGAGAAGGAACUAGCAAAGGAGGUACAGGCUAAGGCGCUACCUCAAGUCGACCAGCAACAUGAAGGUACAAAGAAUGCGUCAAAGACCACUCCACACCAGCAACCACGCCGGAGCCCGCCUCGAGGCAGGUCUGAGGUUCGAUCUCCACAGAAGCACGAGGACCGUGGUCGGAAUAAAACCCCAGACUCAGGUCAACGACAGAAUGACCAAAGCCAUCUCAAAUAUCCAGACCGUAGAGAUGAUGACUGGUCACUGGGAAAGAGCGAUAGCCGCCGUGGAAGAUCCAAGGCACCUACGAAGGACGCCAGCCAGAACAGGACCAACAGACAACGGUCGAACAGUCCACAGGUCGCCAGACAGGAUGUGUGCACAAAUAAGAUUUCGAGUCACGAAGUGACACCUGACACUGGCAGGAGCGACAAAGCGGCCGGUGAGAAACAAAAAUCCAGAAAGAAUACACCAAAACCUCGAGGUGUUCAUUCAAGCCAGAUGAAGAAGCCAACACCAAGUCGAGAUACUAGAGCAGCCAAUUUACCGCCCCCCGUGAACCAGAGGAGCAGGUCCCCAAAUACCUUGCCUGAUUUGAAGCAAGAUGCCAAAUGUAAGAUGCGUCCAGUGUCAUCUCAAAGUGAAAGCCAAAAGAAGCCUAAGGGUAGAGUCUCCACGGGCGAGGUCAGCAAAAGCACGAGGAGUGCUGGGCGGGAUACAGCAUCCAGAAAUGGGGCUCGCAGCGAGGAAAGAGGUGCUGCUCGGAAUAAAAAAAAACUUAGGUGGUGAUCUUUGGAAUCAAGUGUUGCCGUCAAAGGACAGUCUUGUAGAAGCAGGUCCUCAGUUGGGUCAGAUGUUACAGACUGAACCUCUUAUCAAGAAGUGGUUGGACAAUGUUCCAGUUAAUUGUGGCUUUUAUUGAUGAGUUAGACUUGGAAUAGCCUACCUAGGAAUAAAAGAUG